AUGGGUCCAACAUGGUUAGGAAACCAGUUUCUGAAAGAACUGAUUAGGAAGCCCAAUUUGAAGUGUAAGGAAAUGCAGGUAAUUAUCCAAAGUAGAUUCCACUGCAAUGUGUCCUGGUCAAAGUGCUAUAGAGCAAAGUGUAGGGCCAUGUCUUUGAUAGAAGGGAGAUUGAGUGACCACUACGCUAAAGUAUGGGAUUAUGGUGGUGAGCUAUUGAGAUCAAAUCCAGUUGAAAUAGAGAACAAGGUAAACUGGAAAUGGUUCUUGGAAUUGUUAAGAGAUGAUUUAGAAUUGGAUGGUGGAAGGGGUAUCGCAGUAAUUUCUGAUCAACACAAGGGUCUUCUUGAGGCUACAAAGGAAGUUCUACCACUUGCACAACACAGACAAUGUGCCAGACAUAUAUAUGCCAACUUCAUAAAGGUGUAUACUGAUUAUGAUAUUAGUCCAUCUGCUUAUGAACAUCUAAUGGCAAGGGAUCCCAGUUCAUGGUGCAGGGCCUUCUAUGGUGGAGGAUUGGCAUGUGAGGCAGUAGAAAAUGGAAUGGCUGAAUGUUUUAAUGCAGUUAUCGUGGAUGCUAGAAAAAAGCCCCUACUGACUAUGCUUGAGGAAAUACGACUACACAUGAUGGAAAGAUUCUAUAAUCUAAAGGAAGUAGGACAGAACUGGGAUACUGAAAUAUGUCCAACAACAAUUAAGAAGAUGGAAGCAUUUGGUGAAAGUUUAAAGUCCUGGUAUGUUUAUCCUAGUGGUGUAACUGCUUUUGAAGUGAGGAAUGGUUUUUACUCUUAUUGUGUUAAUUUACAAGAGUAUUCUUGUACUUGUAAUUUGUGGGAUGUAUCAGGGAUACCUUGUGUACAUGCCCAAGCUGCCAUUAUGUAUACACAACAAGAUCCUGUGAGCUACAUUAGUAGUUGGUUUAGUAAAGAGAAAUAUAUGUUAACAUAUGGUUCCAACAUACUACCAGUCAAUGGUAGCAAUAUGUGGGUGGAAUCUCCUUAUCCAAAGCCCCUUCCACCUAUUGAAAGAAGGAUGCCAGGAAGGCCAGCCAUCAAGAGAAAGAGGCAUGUUUCUGAACAUGAGGACAAGUUUUCACAAGUAUCAUCUAAGGGCAGAACUGUCCAAUGUACAAACUUCCAGCAAAAGGGUCAUAAUAAGGUCUCUUGCAAAAAUCCCAAGGUGAUCCCUGAACCAAAACCAAAGAAGAAAAUGGGAAGGCCUAAGUUAGAUCCUAAUCUUACCCAUUGGAGAAGAGGUGGAAGGGGAGGAAGAGGUGGAAGAGGAGGUGGUAAAGGCAAUAGAGGUGGAAGAGGAGGUGGUAGAGGUGAACCUAAUGCUAAGGUUGAACCUGAGUUUGAGGUUAAACCUGAGGUUGAGGUUAAACCUGAGUUUGAGGUUAAACAUGAUGUUGUUGAUGAGGGGGAUGGAAUUGAUAUAUCAGAUAUGGAUAUAAUAGUAAGUUCCAUUCUAAAUUUGAGGUCAUCAAACUACAGUGAUGCUGAAAUAAUGUCUGUUCUUGGAAUUAAUGAAUCUCAAUUGAAGGAGUUUGGGUGUUUAAAUGUGGAAACCAAUGUUCAAGAAGAGACUCAAACAGUACAAGUGAAUGAAGAAGAGAUCAAUGAAGAAGAGGUCAAUGAUGAGGAUACCCAAGAAAUCGUGAGGAGCAACACCCAAGAAAGCAGGAUGAGGAAGACCCAACAAAUCAGAAGGAGGAAGCCAUCAGAGAGGAUAACUGAGUUAAAGUUGAAGAAGCAGGUGGUGAGCAAAUUUGGGAUAACUGAAAGCACACCACUUAAUGUUGAAUAGGGCAAAUGAUUGUGAUAUGGUAGCCCUUUUUUUGUAAUUAAUUCAUUGUGUUGGCUUUAUAUAACUCUUUG